CCGCGCCUCCGUCUCCGGAGUUGUGCUGGAAAUCACCGGCCGACCCGGCGCUUCUUGCUUUUGCGCUCCGCAAUUGCCAGUAUGGCCUUUGGAUUUAUGACCAGAGUAGCUCUACAAGCAGAAAAACUGGAUCAUCAUCCUGAAUGGUUUAAUGUUUACAACAAAGUUCAUAUAACCUUAAGCACACACGAGUGUGCUGGCUUAUCUGAACGGGACAUCAACUUGGCCAGUUUUAUAGAGCAAGUAGCAAACACACUAGCCUAAAGUGCUCACCCCAUCUUUGUCUGUAAAGGUAGCUUCUGCAUCUUAACUUGUCAGAAAGCAUCAUGACAAAUGUAAUCUAACCUCCGUAUCCAGUUAAUAUGGGAGACCCCAUCUUUUUGUAGAAGCUUCAUACUUGCUUACUGUAUGGUCACACAUUUCAAUAGGCACCAGCGCUGUGAAUUCAUUUGUUAUCCAUUAUAAAUCUGUCUUGUGUCAAUAUCUGUCUUUAGGGUUGUUUAGUCUGUAACCCUGCUUAGCAGUAUUAAGUAGGUGCAGGAGAAGUUGCUUGUGGUUGUCAGCUUUAAUAAAGCCUACUCUUACACAAAGAAUUGGAAA